UUUCCCCUCAGUUGCAUUCAAUCUACUUUGCUCUUCUCAACUCGCCCCUUCAAUGGCCCUCGAUCAUCUCCCCGUCUGCCCUGACUGACGACAACCCCCUGACCAUUCCUGCCGCCACCAAUCCUGUUGAACCCUCCGAACCCAACUUGUUUGCCGCCACCGGUAAACGAUGCCGUCGGAAAAGCCGCCGGUCGAACAGUCGGCCCCUGAUCUCGAGAUCGUCGGGAACCAGCUUACCAUCCACCCGAGCGGAUUCACCGGCGGGCCCGAGCCGCAAGAUGACCAGAUCACCGAGCGCAAUCUCGUGCACCACAUGGCGCGCUUCCGCGAGAACCCCUUCGACUUCCUGCGCGAAGUGAGCCUCUACAUGUCCGGCACCGGGUGGCGCGCCUACGACGACGUGAUCGGCCAGCCCAUCUUCUACAAUGGCUUUUCGGAACGCAUGAAGGCGAACAUCCUCGCCAGUCCCAUGCUGCGCGGGAAGGUCACGGAAUUGGCCGAGGUGCGGCUGGCCGUCGAGGAGAAGGAAGGGUUACUAGAUAUAAGAGAGGGGCCGUUGGACAGGCGCAGAGUGCAGCGUCGGAAUGAACUCGAGAGUAACUUGAAAGAGGUGGUGGAUUCCAUGCUGGAUAAUAUGAUCUGCAAGAUGGAGAGCAAGCGGUUUAUUCGCGGCGCGUACUAUCUGUGUACGCAGCUUCUGACGCGCGCGUAUCAUCAAGGUAUACAUGUGUCGAGCGAAGAGGUCUUGCGGUUACGAUCGGUCGCCGAGGAGGCUUCCAGGAAGAAGCAGUCGACUGUCUUCUUGCCGUGCCACAAGUCCCACGUGGACUACGUUUCUCUGCAGCUUAUUUGCUAUCGUCUGGGAAUUGGCCUUCCGGUGGUGGUUGCCGGUGAUAACCUCAAUAUUCCCAUGCUGGGGCCAUUCUUGCAGCAUGCAGGGGCUAUGUGGAUUCGGAGAAGCUUUGGAAACGACCCGUUGUAUCAUACUGUCGUGCAGGCGUAUAUCGACACGCUUUUGCAGCAGGGGUUCAAUUUCGAGUGUUUCAUCGAAGGUGGAAGAUCUAGAACGGGAAAGCUGUUGUCCCCGAAAUUCGGAAUUCUCAGUUUCAUCCUGGACAGCGUUAUAUCGGGACGUGUUGAUGACACUAUCAUUUGUCCUGUCAGCACGCAGUAUGACAAGGUUAUCGAGACUGAGUCAUAUAUCAGUGAACUGCUCGGCCAACCAAAACCGAAAGAGAACCUUGCAGAUUUCCUGUCCGCAUCUUCUGUCCUCUCGCUACAGCUAGGACGAGUGGAUGUCCGGUUCCACGAGCCGUGGAGUCUCAAAGAGUUCAUUGGUCAGCAAUUGACCCGGUUGCCGAAUCAGAUCGAUCCCAACGGUGGCUCUCAGCCGAAUCAAAAAGAAAGGGGCCGGAUACUUCGUGCCUUGGGCUACCGGGUGCUUUCCGACAUCAACGACGUGUCCGUCAUGAUGCCUACUGCCCUGGUGGGAACUGUUCUGUUGACGCUCCGUGGACGCGGAGUCGGCAAGGGAGAACUGGUACGACGAGUCGAAUGGCUCUGCGAGCGCGUUCGCGGAAAAGGAGGCCGAGUGGCGCAUUUCUAUCGAUAUCCUACGGAAGUGGUCGUUGACCGCGCAAUCGAAGUGUUGGGGCAUCAGAUCGUGGGCGAAAUAGAUGGUCUGGUAGAGCCGACCUACUAUGCCGUGGACCGGUUCCAGCUCUCAUUCUAUCGGAACAUGACCAUCCACUUGUUCAUCACCGAGGCAUUGGUAUCUGCAGCUAUGUACACACGGAUCAAGCAAGGCGGUGGUCCGUCAUACCAACGUAUCACCUAUGCGGAUCUCUUGAGCCAAGUCUCCUUUUUGUCACAGCUCUUCCGCGGAGAAUUCAUCUUCCCACCAGAAGGAUUAACCACCAACCUGGAGCGAACCAUCCAAGGACUCGAAAAAGACGACGUGAUCACCGUCACCCGCGAACCCUCAGGAACGCCCCUUUACGUCGAGCUGAGCGAGUCCGAACGCAAAUGCGGACGAGAGAACUACGACUUCUACUGCUUCCUCAUCUGGCCAUUCAUCGAGGCCUCUUGGCUCGGCACCGUAUCCCUCCUCGGCCUCACCCCUCCCCUCGACGGACCCAAAGAGGUCUGGAUCGACCUGAAAAAGGCCCAAGAUAACGCCCAGCUUCUCGGCAAAACCCUCUACCACCAAGGCGACCUCUCCUACUUCGAAGCCGUCAACAAAGAAACCCUCAAGAACUCCUACCAGCGAUUCGCCGAAGAGGGCAUCAUCCUUGUCGUGAGGGGCAAGGAAUCCCGCGCCUCGCCCGUCAUGCGCAUCGCUCCGGAAUGGGCCCCCGAGCGAGACCCCGCCACUGGAAACAUCCUGGCCCGAGGCCGUCUAUGGGACUUUAUGGAGCUGAUCGCCCAAUCUCGACGUGAAGGCAAAAACCGCCGCGACGGCGCAACCGUCUCCUCGCGCGUACUCCUCAUGUCUGACGCCGUCGGCCGGAUCUUGUUCCAGAGCGCGGCGAGCCCGAACCCCGAGGAUAGCGUGGAUGUGUCGUCGCGACAGAAACGCAGGAAGGAUAUCACGACGGGGUCGAAGUUGUGAUAGAUUUCUGCGUUUAUAUGCUCCCUUCCUACCCGCCCUGUUGGUCUUUAGAUCUGAUCUGAUCUGAUCGGAAUACUGAUCCUGGUUUUGGAUUUGGCUGACAGGCGUGUUUACUUUUUACUUUUGUUUCUGGUUUGCUGUGUAUACCCUACGAACAUUUUAUAUCCAUACCCAUUCUUGUUUUGUUAUCAUACCCCUCGAGAAUUCUACAGCUGCAUUGUUUAGACACCUCAAUACUUCAAUUCUUCCGUUUUCAAUCUACCCCUCGCUACUUUCUAGGCGCCCUGAGCUGGUCACGUCACUAAAUAGAGC